AUGACGAAGUAUCUUUGUUCGCAAAUUAAUAACACAUAAGGUUUGCAAUUAGAUUAUUAUUUGAAUUCAAUGACAUCAUAAACACUAUUGUUAACUUUGGGAGUCUUGAUGGUUUUAGGAGCCACAGCCUAUAUGAAUUAUGAGGAUAAUGUUAGCUCAAUAGAUCAUGGAUUCACUGCAGAUUUUGCAUCCUUUAUAAAAUCUUUUGAUUCAAAAUAUGACUUUAUUAGAUCUGAUAUCACUUGGUCAACAUAUGGGUAAUCAAAUAUUUCUAUUAUUACUUAUAGAGGUGCUGAAACUAGACCAACUACUGCUCCAUCCAAAUAUCCUAUUGUUUUUGUUCAUGGAAAUUCUGAUAUUGGAGCUGGUAAUGGUGGAACUGUUGGAUGGUAGACUGGAUUUACAUAACUUAUUGAAUAUCUAUAAAAUUAUGGUGGAUAUACAAAGGCUGAUUUGUAUGUAACAACAUGGGGUAAAAUUUUAUAAUAAUAAAUUUUGUAGGUCCUGCCAAUCCAAAUAUGGCAUCAUAAAACAGUCAUAGUGAAAAAUAUGUGAUGACUACUAGACGUUUCAUUGAAGGAGUUCUUGCAUACACCAAAGCCAGCAAAGUUAUAGUCAUUGGUCAUUCUAUGGGAGUCACUUUGGCUAGAGCAGCUAUUAUUGGUGGAACUUAUUCAGAAUCCCUUUUUAGUAAAUUUACUGUUGGAGAUCCUAUAACUAAUUCUAUUGCUGCUUUCUUUGGAUUAGCUGGUGCUAAUUAUGGUUUAGUUGAUUGUACUUAUGCAACUGGAUUACCUACUUGCAGUACAUACAAUGGAUUUUCACCAUCAUCUUAAAUGUUAACUGCUUUAAAUUCUAAAACUCAUAGAGAAGGUGCUAAAGUUUAUUCUUUUUGGUCUCCAAAUGAUGAUAUCAUUAAAUACAAUUGCAUUGUCAAUCAAAAAAAUACUUGCAUUGUACCAGGAAGUGAUGAAUCAGUAAUUCAAUCAUAUAUAAUAUUAGUUUUAAUAAAGUGGAUACACACACUUUGAUGUAAGAGAUAAGUUUGCAGCUGACAUACUUCGUCUCAUCUAGAAAUUAUGAUUAUUUUAUAUAUUAAUUAAAUAUAAGACUCAAAUCUUUUUUAACAAUAAGGGGGGUAUUCUUACAAAUAUACUGCUAAAAAAGGGGCCAACAUCAAUGACCCUAAGUAUAACAAUUUUUUAAUUAUACAAAUGAGACACAUCAAUAAAAGAGGUACAACAUCAUCAUUUUCAGGUUUGUGAAAGGAGUGUGUCUGAAUUACAAUUAAUUAAUUUAUUUAAUUGCUUUUCAAUUACAAUUACUUUAAUCUAGGCACACCCCCUAACACAAACCACUUGCAAAAUCCCAUAUAUAUUAAUGUCUAUUCUUAACUUAUAUAGAUUGCCUAAAGCUUAAGUUACAGAAAAAGGGAACCUUCAUUGAAAUCGUCCAUCCAACCAAAUCAUCAGAUGAAGAAACCAUCGUUAAGAAACGUAUUGUUAGCAAUUUUAAUGUCAAUUCAACAUUUUGGAUCACUUCAAAAUAAGAUGUUCCACCUACUUUGGAUUUUGAGAGUCUUUUUAAAACACCUUUUCCAGAAUAAGCUGUCAGACAUAAUGAAACCUUUGAAAAGCUCGAAGUGGUCACAAAUACUAAUUAAAAGAUAUUAAUUGAUGUUCCAUCAAGACCAGCUGCUUAUUCUUUAGAAAAAUUAAAUUUAAAAGGAAAGCCAACACUUGAGUAGUUGUUUUAAGCCAUUCCAAAUUGUAUGGAUUAUAAGGAAAGAGAUAAAGACUUCAAAUUAGGAGGCUAUAAACUCAACUAUCAAUCUGGUUAUGCUCCAGUUGAGAUUUAAAAUAGACAUAAGGAUCCUGAAGAUUAUACAAAGAAAUAACACUUUAUUAGACAAAAACAAUCAUAAGCCAAUUUGAAUUUGAAAAGAACUUGUGGUGUUUCAUAUGUAAAGAAGAGUGAAAGUGAAUAGAAGGAUGUUAAUCAUAUUUUUAAAAAGUACUGAUUAAAUUUUAUUAAGACUUCCUCCACUUGUUUAUUAAUGUUCAUCAGGUUGUUAACCAAUAACUGGAUAUGAUGAAGCCUUUGAUAACUUAUUUAAUAAUCUAUUGAAUGGAAAGAACUUGAUAGUGUUCACACUUUUCAAUUCAUAGGAUGAAAGUUCAUUGAGAGAAUAUUUACUAUUUCCUCACUUAAGAAAUAAGAUUUCAAGAGAAAGAGUUAUGAUAGCUAGGAAAUUCUUAAAUUUAUGGAUGCUAUUUUAAGAUGCUUUAUGUUUAGUGAUUCACUAUAAAUAUGACGAGUAUAAAAUAAAAUAUAAUUAAUAGAAAUUAAUUAUUAAGACCAAUAUAAUUGAAUGAAUAAGAAGAUAUAAAGUAAUAAUUAGUGGACUUUAUUUGUGAAUCAGAAAUUUCUAUAUGUUUAUUAUUCAAAAAAAGUGUAUCAGGUAGAAAAGCAUUUUUGAAAAGUGUUGGAUUAUGGAAUGAAGGAAAUGACAAUUCUUCAAUUUGUACAGAAACACAAAGAGAAGAAUUAUAAACUAAAUUUGUUAUAUCAGUUCCCAAAGUUCCAAUCAAUAGCAAUUCAACUGCCCAAAGUUUAUUCUAAGAAUUUACUAAUAUCAUCUAAUAAUAAGAGAAUUAUGUUUUAGAAGGCCGAUCUUAAACUCAAAUUCCAUAAACUCAAUAAUAAAAUCCAAAUAGUGAAAAAUAAUCAAAAAAGAAAAAGAGGGCAAAGAUCUUAUCAUCAACAGAUGUAAGAAAAGAUGGUGGAGCCAGUGAAUAAUUGAUAAAUCAUUUAAUAAAAGAGGAUGGAAAUCAUAAUAUUAAUACAUGUAGUAUAAGAAUGGAAAUGUAUGUUACAGAAGAAAAAUGGAAAUCAGCAAAUGAUCAUAAUAAAGAUUUACUUAAUGCUUUUAUCAAGAGAGUUGAACAUCAUGUAACAAGUUCAUAUUUAAUUAAAAUGAUGAAUAAAAGAUUUAAAGCAAAUGAAAAAGGAUAAGAUUAUAUUAUAAGAAGAAGCAAUAAAAUCUAUGAAAUACCAACAGAUAAUGUAGAAAUAAAAUAAAACAAAAAAUCAAUUAAUUGGACAUCAACAUUUACUCCUGAAAAUUUUACAAAUCUAUAAACAUUUAAAUUAAGCAAGAAAUAUUAACAUAUCUCUUUAGACAUUAUUAAAAUGAAAGAAUUAAGUUUUCUUAAAUAACCAUUAUAUUGUAUAACAACUAGAGAUAGUUUUGCAUUUGAUUUAAUUACUAAAGUUACCAAAGUUAAAUUAGGAGAUAGAAUGGUAGAUAGGUAUUAAAUUAUAAUAUAAAUCAAAUUAGAUUAGAUUUCUUUUUUGAACCUAACAAUUGUCCAUGUAAUUUUAAAUCAUUUUUACCAAUGUUUCCAGAAUAUUAAGUUGGAGCACAUGCAUAUGUAGGAUAUUUUACAAAUGAAGAAUUAUUAUAAAUGGAAAAAGAUAUUUUUGAAAUGGAAUUAAAAGGAUUUGAUGGUAAUAUUAUAUAUAUUUAUUAUUUUUUAGGUCAUUAUUUACCUAUGACUGCAUAAAUUUCACAUGCUUAAUCAAAUCAUCAUUCAAGUGUACGAAGAACUAAAUUCUUUUUUGGUUAUAGAUAUAUGUGGACUAAAUGUUAAUUAGCAGAACCACAUUCAAUGGUAGCUGCUGGUGUCAGAAGAGAUGUAUCAGCUCCUCCAUUAUGGAUGAGAAAUCUAAUUACUAAACUUGAAAAUGAUAAUGUAGUACCUAAAAAGUUUAUUAAUUCUAUUGCUUGUAAUGUUUAUCAUGAUGGAAAAGAAGGAUUAGCAUAACAUUUUGAUGAUGCUGUUAGAUUUAAAUAACCAAUCUUUACUAUUAGAGUAUUUUCAGAUUGUAGAUUAUCAUUUGGAAGUCAAUUUUAUGGAUUUUGUAAUGGAGCAUUUGCUGUUCCUUUACCAAGAGGGUAUCUAUUUAAUUAUUACUAUUUAUAAGAUGUAUUCUUUGUAUGGAGGAAGGUUCUUAUGCUGCAAAUGCUAUCAAACAUUGUGUAAGACCUUGUGAUAUGACUGGUAAAAGUGCUGCUUUAAUAUUACGUCAAAUGCAUGAUUAGGUCACUUAGGAAGCUAUUAAGUAUGAUGAAUAAGUGGAUUUACCAUGUCAUAUGUCUACUUUAUCAGUUGAUGAUAAUGCAGUUCCUUUUGGAGAAUAAAAAAGAUUAGAAGCUGAAUUACUAAGUUGAUU